AUGGCAAGUGGGUUUGGGGAAUCAACAAGCAGGUCGCCCCCAAGCCCUCCCUAUUCGAGCAAUAAUAAUAACAGUGAUGCUGGAAAUUUUGAAUGCAACAUUUGCUUUGACUUAGCGCAGGAUCCGAUAAUUACGUUGUGCGGUCAUCUUUUCUGCUGGCCUUGUCUUUACAAAUGGCUUCACUUUCACUCGCAGUCGCGAGUGUGUCCGGUGUGUAAGGCGAUGGUUGAGGAGGAGAAAUUGGUUCCUUUGUAUGGGAGAGGAAAAACGUCGACUGAUCCCAGAUCAAAGUCUAUUCCCGGUGUUAAUAUCCCUCAUCGUCCGGCUGGACAGAGACCUGAAACUGCUCCUCCACCCGAAUCGAAUCCAUUUUCUCAACAUGGAUUUGGAUUCACCGGAGGAUUGGGAGGAUUUGCACCGGCAGCAACUACAAGAUUUGGAAAUUUCACAUUUUCUGCGGGAUUUGGUGGUUUUAUACCAUCUUUAUUUAACUUUCAGAUGCAUGGAUUUCACGGCGGGGCCAUGUAUGGCGGAGCAGCCGGUUUCCCUUACGGGUUUUCCAAUUCAUUUCAUGGUGGCCAUGUUCAUAGAUAUCCUCUGCCCACAGGUCAAGGACAACAAGAUUAUUAUCUGAAGAUGCUGAUGAUGAUUGUUAUUUUUUGUGUGGUACUUGCUUUCAUUAUUGGAUAG